AUGUCUGACAAGCAAGGCGGCAGCUUCACCUAUCAGAGCCAUGGUGUUAAUGACCAGGGCAACCACUACUGCUCUCGAGACUACGGCAAUGCUGUGAACUCGUACCACUAUUCCAACACUAAUGGAUCAUAUUACUACUCCAAUCCCAAUGGGAGCACUUACUACAACAAUGGCGCCGGCGGGUCUACAUAUACUGCCCCCAGUGGUGCGAAGUACUCCUCUGGAUAUGGCAACAGCGCCAGUGGUAGCGGAGCCAAGAAAUAA